AUGACAUCUUUGUAUUCCUGCUAAGCACACGAGCUGGAGGACUGGGUAUCAAUCUCACUGCUGCAGAUACAGUGAUUUUUUAUGACAGCGACUGGAACCCCACUGUGGACCAGCAGGCCAUGGACAGAGCCCACCGCUUGGGGCAGACAAAGCAGGUUACUGUGUACCGACUCAUCUGUAAAGGCACCAUUGAGGAACGCAUUCUGCAGCGAGCCAAGGAGAAGAGUGAGAUUCAGCGGAUGGUGAUUUCUGGUGGGAACUUCAAACCAGAUACCUUAAAACCCAAAGAGGUGGUUAGUCUUCUUCUAGAUGAUGAAGAGCUGGAAAAGAAAUUGAGACUGCGGCAAGAAGAGAAACGGCAGCAGGAGGAAACCAACCGAGUCAAAGAGCGCAAGCGCAAGCGGGAGAAGUAUGCAGAGAAGAAGAAAAAGGAAGAUGAAUUGGAUGGUAAAAGGAGAAAGGAGGGUGUGAACCUAGUGAUCCCAUUUGUUCCCUCGGCUGAUAACUCCAACCUCUCUGCUGACGGGGAUGACUCCUUCAUUAGCGUGGACUCGGCCAUGCCCAGCCCUUUCAGUGAGAUCUCCAUCAGCAGUGAGCUGCACACCGGCUCCAUCCCCCCGGACGAGAGCAGCAGUGAUAUGCUGGUCAUCGUGGAUGACCCAGCCUCCUCAGCCCCCCAGUCUCGGGCCACCAACUCUCCUGCUUCCAUAACAGGCUCCGUUUCAGACACUGUGAACGGAAUUUCCAUUCAGGAAAUGCCAGCCGCAGGACGUGGUCACUCAGCUCGAAGCCGAGGCCGCCCCAAAGGUUCAGGAAGCACAGCCAAAGGAGCCGGGAAAGGCCGGAGCCGGAAGUCCACCGCAGGCAGUGCUGCCGCAAUGGCAGGAGCCAAAGCAGGGGCCGCGGCGGCCUCAGCAGCCGCCUAUGCUGCAUACGGGUACAAUGUGUCUAAAGGAAUCUCUGCCAGCAGUCCUCUGCAGACGUCUCUUGUUCGGCCUGCUGGCCUUGCUGACUUUGGACCUUCAAGCGCCUCUUCUCCCUUGAGUUCCCCUUUGAGCAAAGGAAAUAAUGUUCCUGGGACUCCCAAGAACCUCCACUUGACCAGCAGCCUAGCCCCAGACUCCCUGGUCCGGAAACAGGGCAAAGGCACCAACCCCUCUGGAGGACGGUAACCACCUGGACCUUCUGGCUUCCUUCAACCAAACCAGGGGCCAGAGUCCUGGCCCACAUAUGGUCUUUGGAUGGCUUGCCCAGUGCAGUGUCUUACAUCCCAGGUCAGAGGGCAGAGAUGACCAGUUGCAGCAAGGGAAGGACAGGCAGGUGGUUGGUGUGAGCACUUUUCUCACCUGUGUCUCAAGAGGAGUGCUCUGGGGGGCCUAUGAGGAAGAAGGCCCAAGGACAGAGAUCGGCCUCGCAGCAUCUCUAGUGAACUUUACAGCCACAUCUUAAACCUCGCACUGGGGAAGGGCCUGACAUAGACCCCCUGUAGAUGCUCAGGCACACAGUCUCCAUCCCCAUUCCACUUGGGCUCUGGUCAUGUCCCUUGCAGAGGCUCUGCAAGUGCUGUGAAGAACCUUCCACAGUGGAGACCUCUUUUAGGGCUGUGAUUUCCUGUCGGGCUAGGAAGGGAGGAAAUCCUGUAUCUGGCAUCCUCGGUCUUUGGGCAGCUCCCCGGGUCUCCAGACUCCAUUUGCCAGUGUCAGCACCGAAGGGAACAGUGAGUGCGAAAAGGUUAGUGAGUGGCUCAUGAGGGUGACAGAGACUAGAGGAGGCAUGCCCGGAGGCACUUGUUUUCCCAGCAUUUCCUCCCCUGUCCUGCAUGGUUCAUGCCAGAGAACCUUCAGGUCCCACCAGCAACCGUAGCAGCAGCUUCCACUCCGGGACUCCCAGAAGCCAGUAAAGAAACCAGGAGCCAUCUCAAUCAGCAGGAGACAUCCUCACUGCCCCUCUUGCAGACUCCCCUUGCCCUUCCUGAAUGCACAGUCUCCCCACCCCUGCCCUUCAGCCCCCUGCUUGGCUGUAUGCACUGUCUAUAUUGCACUGAGAAAGGAAGGGACAGCAGGAGUGAGGCGGAGAGGAUGGAGAAAGGGCAAAGCUCAGUACCGACCCUCCUGGCCCCAGCCCCACCCGCCUCAGCUUGCGCCCCCCCCUCCCACAAGAGAGGCAAAGGGGUGGUGUUUGCAUGGGAGGUGUUUCUGCCUGCCCCCAGCCUGAUGUCCCUGGUGGAGCAGGUGCUUCCGGGCGGGCCAGCCUCUAAUUUGCACACCUGAAAAUCGCGGAAUUGAGUUUAGACAGAUUGAUUUUUAAAACUUUUUUUUGGAGUAGGGGUGAUAGGGGAAUCAUUUAAUUUAAAUCAUUAAGAUUCCCCUGCCCAAACCCAGACUCUUGUGUACAGAUGCUAUUUAGAGGGAAUCAGAAAAAUGCCAAGCCUUUUUUCUCUUUGAAUGUGCUGUCUAUUUUUAUAACUGAACUUGUACAUAUGUAUAAAGAGAGACACAUCUUUCUUUUACUAACUGGAGAAAAAAAUCUUAAAUAAAAUGGAGUGAGAUAAUUUUAUGUAAA